UGGGGCUGACACAGCCGGCUCCCAGCCCCACCCCCGCCCCCAGCUCUGCUUCCUGUGGCCAGGGGCCUGUAACCAGGUCCCCGUGCGGAGGGCAUGGCACUGCCCGCCGGCCCCAGGGCUCCCAGCCACGCUCCGCCCCGGCGGCCCCAGGCUCCUGCGGCCGCACUGCUUCCUUGGUUCCAAUGUCAUCGCCUAGGCGACCAGGACGCUGCCGCCCGGCCUGCCUGCCUAGCCACGACCUGCUGUGGGCCUCCCAGCCGCCUCUCCUCCCCUGCACACCGACCGGACCCCGACCCACCCUCGGGGCCCUGGCCCCGCCAAGAGCCAGCUGCCCUCCGGGCCGGGUGACGGAAGAUGUCCCAGCCCACCGCCGCCGCCGACGAGGGGGCCACGUUCGAGCACCUGUGGAGCUCACUGGAACCAGACAGCACCUACUUCGACCUUCCCCAGCCCAGCCAGGGGAGCAGCGAGGUGGUGAGUGGCGCUGAGGCUGACAUGGACGUCUUCCACCUGCAGGGCAUGACCACGCCUGUCAUGCCCCCGUUCAGUCUGCUGAACAGCGCCAUGGACCAGAUGAGCAGCCGCGCGGCCCCGGGCAGCCCCUACACCCCAGAGCACGCCGCCAGCGUGCCUACCCACUCCCCCUACGCGCAGCCCAGCUCCACCUUCGACACCAUGUCGCCCGCACCGGCCAUCCCCUCCAACGCCGACUACCCCGGCCCCCACCACUUCGACGUCACCUUCCAGCAGUCCAGCACCGCCAAGUCGGCCACCUGGACGUACUCCCCACUGCUGAAGAAGCUUUACUGCCAAAUCGCCAAGACGUGCCCCAUCCAGGUCAAGGUGUCCAGCCCGCCGCCCCCGGGCACCGUCGUCCGGGCCAUGCCCGUCUACAAGAAGGCGGAGCAUGUGACUGAGGUGGUGAAGCGCUGCCCCAACCAUGAACUCGGGCGAGACUUCAAUGAAGGACAGUCUGCUCCGGCCAGCCACCUCAUCCGCGUGGAGGGCAACAAUCUCUCACAGUACGUGGAUGACCCUGUCACAGGCAGGCAGAGCGUCAUGGUCCCCUACGAGCCCCCGCAGGUGGGGACAGAAUUCACCACCAUCCUCUACAACUUCAUGUGCAACAGCAGCUGUGUGGGGGGCAUGAACCGGAGGCCCAUCCUCAUCAUCAUCACGCUGGAGACCCGGGACGGACAGGUGCUGGGCCGCAGGUCCUUCGAGGGCCGCAUCUGUGCCUGUCCCGGCCGGGACCGCAAGGCUGACGAGGACCACUACCGGGAGCAGCAGGCCCUGAGCGAGAGCGCGGCCAAGAACGGGGCCGCCAGCAAGCGCGCUUUCAAACAGAGCCCCCCGGCCGUCCCCGCCCUGGGCCCCAGCGUGAAGAAGCGGAGGCACGGGGACGAGGAUGUGUACUACAUGCACGUGCGGGGCCGAGAGAACUUUGAGAUCCUGAUGAAGGUCAAGGAAAGUCUGGAGCUAAUGGAGCUGGUGCCGCAGCAGCUGGUGGACACGUACCGGCAGCAGCAGCAGCAGCUCCUGCAGAGGCCGAGCCACCUGCAGCCGGCGUCCUACGGGCCUGUCCUCUCUCCCAUGAACAAAGCGCACGGGGGCGUCAACAAGCUCCCAUCCGUGAACCAGCUGGUGGGCCAGCCUCCCCCACACGGUGCGGCAGCCGGGCCCAACCUGGGCCCCGUGGGCCCCGGGAUUCUAAACAACCACGGUCACACCCUGCCAGCCAACGGUGAGAUGAACAGCGGCCACACUGCCCAGUCCAUGGUCUCAGGGUCCCACUGCACCCCACCACCCCCCUACCAUGCCGACCCCAGCCUGGUCAGUUUUUUAACAGGAUUGGGAUGCCCCAACUGCAUCGAGUAUUUCACCUCCCAAGGCUUACAGAACAUUUACCACCUGCAGAAUCUGACGAUAGAGGACUUCGGGAACCUGAAGAUCCCGGACCAGUACCGGAUGACCAUCUGGAGGGGCCUGCAGGACCUGAAGCAGAGCCACGACUACGGCGCCCAGCAGCUGAUCCGCUCCAGCAGCAACGCGGCCACCAUCUCCAUCGGCAGCUCCGGGGAGCUGCAGCGGCAGCGGGUCAUGGAGGCCGUGCACUUCCGCGUGCGCCACACCAUCACCAUCCCCAACCGCGGCGGCCCGGGCGCGGGCUCGGGGCCCGACGAGUGGGCGGACUUCGGCUUCGACCUCCCGGACUGCAAGUCCCGAAAACAGUCCAUCAAAGAGGAGUUCACGGAGAGCGAGAUUAACUGAGGGGCCGGGGGUGGGGGCGCGGGGCGGAGGGCGCGGCUGGGUCGGCGGCGCAGGCGUCCGAGUCCCUGGCGGCCUUGCUUUGCCUCCUCUUCCUUGUUGUCACAAACUGCCUCGGGAGGCAGGACCAGCGGGAGGCAGGACCAGCGGGCGGGAAGCCGGCCCGGGGAAGAGGCCACACCUGCCCGGGCCCCCGAUGGCGCGGGAACGGCGCGCCUGGACUUGAGCUGGGCGGGGGGAGGCGCUCCCGGGAGCCACCUGCCCCAUCCGCCCUCCUUCUCCGGGCUCCGCUGCCGACGGACUGCCAAAAAGUAUUUUUCGGUGUCUUUGUCUUCUGGCAACAAGCGGCUCCGUGAUUGUAUCUAAAGCUCGUUUGUUUUGGGGUCAGCUCCCCGGACCCUGUCUCUGCCCAAGGCUGGGUCCCUCUGCUGGACUUGAGGGUCCGUCUGCCCCUCACACUUCAAACCCACUGCAGCUUCCUUCCGCUUGCUGCCCCAAAAGGAAAACAGGAAUUUCCCUGGAACUGGAGACGGCUGGGGAGGAGGGCGUGCCUCCUGGGAGGCAAGGAAACUUCUGGUCAGUUGCCACCAGCCAACACCUGAGCCAACAGCACUGGCCGCGGCCACAGCUCGUCAGUGAGCCUCGGCACAGACACGGACAGCAUGCUCCGUAGACUACUGGAAAUUGUCAAUAUUUGAUAAAACGAUACCCUUUGUACUUGA